AGCCUGUCGACUAUCUGGCAACCCUGAUCAGAAUAUGAGUGUCUGAUUAUUUGCGCAAGGGAUCGGAGUCACAAUAGUUAAUAGCGGCGCUAUAGGAUCUUUGGUUAAACAACGACUAAGCCUAAAGGAAUCAAGCUAUGUCUGGAAUCAAACUUACUUAUGUUAAGGGGAGGGGUUUUGGCGAAAGUGGACGAUUGAUUAUGGCUGCUGCAGGAGUGGAGUGGGAAGAGGCACACCUCACAGACAAGGCGCAAUUUGAAAAAUUAAAGCAAGAUGGGUUGCUGAUGUUUGGGCAAGUUCCAUUGUUGCAGAUUGAUGGAUUGAAUAUUGUGCAGUCAAGGGCCAUCAUCCAAUAUUUAGCCAAUAAAUUUGACAUGGCGGGAAAAACUGCUGCAGACAAAGCAAAAGUAAAUAUGAUAAUUGAAGGUGCCAAGGACUUUGGUAUAUUUCAUGGAAUUGCCUUCCACCCUAAGGAAUCCCAGGCAGGUUUGAUUGCUGAGAACAAGAAAAAAGCCGAGAACAGAUAUCUCCCAGCUUUUGAAAAGUUGUUGAGUGGCAGUAACUCUGGGUAUUUUGUUGGAGAUAGUUUAACUGCUGCUGAUGUUUUGGUAUUUGAGGAUCUUCUCUUCAUGGAAGACUAUUUGCCAGGACUGACUGCUUCGUAUCCAAAACUUCAGGUUUUCUUUGAAAAAAUGAAGGGUAACCCAAAACUGUCUGCAUAUUUAAGCAGUGACAAACGUUUUCCAAUCCCAGAUGACAAAUAUGUUGCUGAGGUCAUUAAAGUCCUCUAUUGAAUUUUGUUCAGGGGUAUUAUAGUAAAAAUGUCAACUACAAAUACAGUCAUUUUAUAUUAUAGUUUGUAAUAUGUAUAGAAGUCAAGAAAAUAUUUUUAUUGAAUUUGUUCAGGGCUCCCAAUAUCAGGUACAACAAAACUCAAAAUGUUCAGGGAAAUUAAUAUACAGUAUAUCACAAUAUAACACAACUUUUGUAUCUGUCAAAAUUAAUGAAGUACUACACUUGAAAUGAUGAUUUUAACAUUGUUUUAGAAUAAUUUUCGGAAAAUAAUCAAAAAAAUGUUAUGGUUUUGCAGUGAUUUAAUAGUUAAUAUGUAUUUAUAUUAGGAUUUUACUCAGAGUAGCCUACAAUACACUCAAAUUGUUUGAUUUAGCUAGAGGAUUUUACUCAGUGUACAAUACAUUCAAAUUGUUUGAUUUAGCUAGAUUUAUGUGUACAUGUGGCUGGUGGGUGGGGGAAGAAAAACCACUGAGUGGGGGGUGGGGCAACAAAUAGCAAAUUUGUGCCACUUAAUGGGGUUAAAAUAUUAAAAAUGACCUUUAAGAUGACAAUAAAGAUGAUGAUGACGACAACAACAACAA